AUGACAGACAUCUAUCGACGCAAGGCCCGUAAUCUGGCCUGGUAUGACCAGGAUGGUGAACCGUCAUCCCACAACCCAUUCAAAAAGAUAAGGCGCCAUCCACGCCGCACAAACUCCAUACAAUUGGAAUCCCAGUCCAGGAGCGUCGACAAUCUCCGUUUAUCAGCCGAGCAACGACGCAGACGGGAGAUGAACGAUGGACUCGGUGGUCCCCAAUACUCAGAUACUUUCCCGAUAGAGGCAGCCAGCGAUAAGGGCGAAGGCAUUGUCCCUACGUCAAGGAAUAGCGAGGACCCAAUUAAUAUUUCUACACCCCGGGCUCCAGAGUCCUCCAGUGAGGAGGGCACCAUUAAUCCCAGGCAGCGAAAGGGUCUCUUUAGCAAGUUUCGUCGCUCGGAAAAUGUUGAGGAGGAGACGCUUGAUGAGGAAGCGCCGAAAUUCACCGUCGCCUCGCAGUUGCGGGCCACUAUUUUCAAUUCAUGGAUUAAUGUCUUGAUUGUUGCUGCACCGGUUGGAAUUGCAUUGUAUGCUAUUGGUGCUAAUCCAAUUGCUGUAUUCGUCGUCAACUUCAUUGCCAUCAUUCCCCUUGCAGCUAUGCUCAGUUACGCGACUGAAGAGAUAGCCAUGCGCACGGGUGAAACGAUUGGUGGACUCCUAAACGCCUCAUUUGGUAAUGCAGUGGAACUGAUCGUAGCUAUUAUCGCGCUAGUAAAGCGCGAAGUGCUAAUCGUGCAAACUUCCCUGAUAGGCAGCAUUUUAUCGAACUUGCUCCUAGUAAUGGGAAUGUGUUUCUUCUUCGGCGGCAUCGACCGCAUGGAACAACACUUCAAUGUGACAGUUGCUCAAACAGCAUCUAGUCUCCUUAUGCUCGCGGUAAGCAGUCUGAUCAUCCCAACAGCCUUCCACGCCUGGUCGAGCGGCAACAAGGAAAAGACAGCCCCGCUCUCCCGCGGAACGAGUGUUCUCCUGCUCAUAGUUUAUGGCUGCUACCUAUUUUUCCAGCUGAAGUCGCAUGCAACGAUGUAUAAUGAGCGCAGUAAGAAAAGCGAGAAGCGUCAUCAGCGCAUUGGCGAGGGUGAUGCGAAUAGAGGCAUUGCAAGGAUUGGUGGCAUGUCGGCUAAGACUGUGGGUGGUGAUACGGCGCAGCAGCUUCAGCUUCAGGAGCCAGAUGAGGAAGGCGAGCAGCCACAGUUGACUGUUGUCGUUGCUGUCAUUACGCUUGUUAUUUCAACUGCGCUUGUUGCUGUCUGUGCUGAAUUCAUGGUCGAUUCUAUCGAUGCGUUGACUGCAACGGGUAAUAUCAGCGAUACCUUUGUCGGAUUGAUUCUUCUUCCUAUCGUCGGUAACGCGGCUGAGCAUGCAACUGCCGUGACGGUUGCCUGCAAGGAUAAGAUGGAUCUAGCAAUUGGAGUGGCUGUUGGCUCGAGUAUGCAGAUUGCGCUGUUGGUUCUGCCGUUGAUUGUAGUGAUUGGCUGGAUCAUGGGCGUUGAGGACAUGACUCUCAACUUCGACGGCUUCCAAGUAAUCCUCCUCUUCGUCGCCGUGCUUCUGGUCAACUACUUAUUGGCCGAUGGAAAGAGCCACUGGCUCGAGGGCGUUCUGCUCAUGACAAUGUAUUUGCUUAUUGCAAUUGCUGCUUGGUUCUUCUAA